AUGGCUGACCAGUGCAUCGUCUGUCUAGAAAAUCUAGACGUGCAGCCUCCUCCUCCGCCGAUCCUUGCACCCGAGCCGCCACUACUUGGUGACGACUUACAGCCCACGGCCGCGGACUCAGGCUCAACCAGCCCGACAACCCACGCGACAAAUGGCAGCCUCGCACCAGCACCUGUCUUCACAGCUAGCCUUUCCAAGCAGCCAGACACCAUCACCAUCAACAACAACAGCAGCAACAGCAGUAACGACGAAGACAACAGAGUAGCCGUCAUUGAUGUCUGUGGACACACUCUGCAUGAUGCUUGCCUUCGAGAAUGGACCGGCAAAGCAAACAGCUGCCCCAUCUGCCGCCAAGCGUUCCAUUUGGUGCACGUCUAUGAUCACGUCGGUGGUACCAAGCUACAUUCGUACAAAGUCGAAGACAAAAAGCAGAUAGCCGAGUUCGACCCGCAAGCAUGGCUAGACGAGAAUCCCGAACACGAUGAGGAACCACGCCCAUGUCCGAUUUGCAACCAGGCUGAUCACGAGGAAGUGCUCUUGCUCUGCGACAGCUGCGAUGCACCGUACCACACGUACUGCGUAGGACUCGAUAGCGUCCCUCGCGGCCACUGGUUCUGCAUGGAAUGUACCGAGGAAGGUGCAGAGCUCCUCGCGCAGCAGCUCGAGGACCCUAGUGUGGCAGCAGCCAACCUUGCCGGCUCAAGUGAUCAUCGCUCCGACUAUCUUCCACGCACCCAGGCAACCAUGCGCCGGGCUCGCCGACGAGCACGAUCCGACGAGUGGCAGGGUGCCUGGGGUCAACUUGCUGGCCACGUCUGGGAUGCUCUGAGCAUAGACCUUGAUAAUGAUGACGAUGACGAGUCGUUGGCAAACUACCGGCGAUCCCAACAGCGGAGAGAGCGCGAGCGACGAGAAUACGAGAGGUGGCAGCAACGCCUCAACAUCGCGAGCCGCCUCGGAGCUCAUGACGUCUUCGCCAGCAACCUGUCUGGCGUGCUAUCGCGACCGAUUGCGCCGCCUCCACCGCCUCCUCCCGAGGAGACAGGGGAGGAAAAGGAAGCGUGGAGUGCUCUUGACAAGGCCAUGGAGGCCAGCAUCCCAGCUCAAACAACUCCCAAUACCCGCAAGCGCCGGAGGUCGCGGUCCGUAACUGCUUCACCGGUCGAGCCGCCGCAGGUUGAGCGCAAGCUCAAGCGGCCCCGCACGAGAAGAGUCCCGACUCAGAGCGAGGGCUCAUCCUCGAAAGCCACCACUUCAUCGGCGCCGCACGCUCAACAGCAACAAGCAUCGACGAGCAGCCGUCCACCUGCCGCGCAGGCUCGGGACAGCGAGGUCCCCUCAUUCCUGUCUAACCUUCUCAAGGAGGUCGAGGUCGGCACUAGCUCCGAGGACGAGACCAUUAGAGUCAUGCUCGGCAACACUCGAUCAGCCCCUGACCCAUCCUCUCCCGCAACAUCUCCUGCUGCAUCGGCAUAUAGCACCCCUCGUGCGCUCUCACUGACCCCGCCACCACAACGAACGAUCGGUGAGCGAGUUGGCUCCCCGCUCUCCUUGUGCUCACGCAUCGAGCCUAUAUACCCUCCGGCAAACUUUUCCCCAACCCGAAACGGGUCUCCAACGAGAAACGGCGGCGAUCACAGUGAUUCGGAGACCCGAUCUCGGUCACAUUCUGUAUCGCGGCAGCAUGCACAACACGCACCGCAGCAGCUACACCAGCAGCAACACCAACACCAACCACAGAAGAACGGCAACGUUCAAGCACUCGAAAUCCGACAGCCGCGUCCGCGUCGUCAGACGCCGAGCCAUGUCGCCACCACACUCUCAGCGGCCCCCGACGCCAUCUCACCCACUCGCAUGAACUUGCCAUUCGAAACCAAGGAGAGCAUCAGCGGGAUUGUAAAGAACGCCCUCAAGCCGCACUGGAAGUCUGGACAGAUCACAGCGGAUCAGUAUGCAGUCAUCAAUCGUGACCUUAGUCGAAAGCUGUACGAAGAAGUCUCGCUCGAACGGUCUCUGACCGAGGAUACUCGCCAGCGUUGCGAAAGGAUUGCAUCAAAGGAGGUGUCCCAAGCCGUGGCCGAGCUCAAAGGCUAA